AUGCUUGCCCUGUUUCGGCCUGCUAUAUCUCUGCCUGCCGUGUCUCUGCCUGCCGUGUCUCUGCCUACCGUGUCUCUGCCUGCCGUGUCUCAGCUAAAGAUAUAG